CAAGAUCAAGAAGUGAACCUGUACAUUUUUUAAUACAACGUUAUUUCGCAGUAUAGACAGACUAGUCUUUGUUGUACUGAGAACAAUCAGAAUAUGCAGCAGUAUCAUAGCUAAACAGCGGUAAAAAUUUGACUGAACAGUUUUACUGUAAACCACAGAAAUGGCAUCAAGGGACAAGGCAGAAAGACCUCUCUCUGUUCAAGAGCUGGACGACAUGCUGAAAAACCAAAGACCCUCUGAUAUUCUGCUCCGCAUUUCUCGACCUAAUGGUGGAUUUGGCCUGCUGUUAGAGUCAGCCACCAAACAGCGUGAGAUUGACUUGAUAGUGAAGGUGCUGGGGACAGUGCUGGGCAGUAAACAACGAGCACAAAGACAAGCAAUCAAUGAUGUUGUUGACAUGUUUAUUAAUGCAAACAAUUUUCAAGACAGCAUGUCCAAUUUUCUCCAAGGCAAGCUUGGACAGGAUCAAGUUUUUGUUAAGGCAGUGCUAGCGAUUCUAAAAGAAUCUUUAGAAGCAUUACCCAAUAUAGCUGCUAAAAAAUGCCUCUAUCUGUUCACAACACUUGAACAAGUUAUAGACAAGAGAUUCAAAGAUAUGCUUCAAGAAAAGGAAACUGUCAAGGAAAUGAUACAUCGUCCUUUUAAGCUGGCGCUGGAGGAAAAUGAGGAAGAAAUGGAUACAGAAUCAGCUAUUCCAGACGAGGAGGUCGAUCCAAACUUGUUCCGUGGUCUCAGCAUAGUCCCAACAGCUGCUGAUUUUGAUCCCACGCAAGAUAUUAUCAUCAGGGCCAACAAAAUUAAAGGACAUUACCAAAAUGUUAAUGACUACCUGGACAUACAGUUCCGUCUUUUGCGAGCUGAUUUAGUUAUUCCACUUAGAGAAAAUAUUCACAAAUUUCUGGAUCAAGAAGAUAAACGUAUCAGAGCAUAUUCUCAGGUAAGAAUUGUGAGACCAGUUUGUCAUGAUAAAGGACUGUGCUUCAAGUUGUCAUUUGAUGUCUCAAAACACAGAAGAGUGAAUUGGGCAGUUUCCCAGAGGCUGAAGUAUGGCUCGCUGCUGUGUUUGUCAUCAGACAACUUUAACACUUACAGAUGCGCUGUCGUGGAAAAUCGUGAACCAAAAGAACUGGCGAAAGGCUUAGUAGAUGUGCAGUUUGUCCUUCACGAGCAUGAGCAGGGUGAUGAAGGUCAAGGAGAUUUCACAAGGUUUCUCAGUGAAGCCAGAGACCAAAGAUUUGUGAUGGUAGAAUCUCCAACAUAUUUUGAGGCUUACAAAUAUGUUCUCCAAAGUCUUCAAAACAUCACAGAGAAUAAUUUUCCUUUCUGGGAGUACAUUGGAGAAUGUAGCACUGCCCUCGAGCCACCAGCAUAUCUCCAGAACAAUGACCAUCCUACAUAUGACCUCAGACCUCUUGUUGAUGCAAAAUUUGUUAUUAAAGAAGAUCAAACUGAAACAGCAACAUUUAGCAGAGAAGCUGAGCCUGCAAAAGAAGUUAAUAUCUUGGAUCCAGAAAGUUGGCCAAAGGCUAACACAUUUCAGCUUGACCACUCGCAGUUUGUGGCCUUGCAGGCAGCACUGAAGCACAAGUUCUCCAUUAUACAGGGCCCACCUGGCACUGGGAAGACAUUCAUUGGGCUCAUGGUGAUGAAAGCUCUCUUGUGGAAUAAACAGAUAUGGACAGGGGACGAAGAGCAAAAGCCAAUUUUGUUAGUCUGCUACACAAACCAUGCACUGGACCAGUUUUUAGAAGGGAUUCUCAAUUUUUUCCAAGGUAAAAUGGUGCGUGUUGGCUCCCGAAGUAAAAGUGAGAGACUGGAGGAAUAUAAUUUGAGAGGGAUGAGGCAUAGAGCAAGAGAAAAUCGUGCUGUGCCCCUAGAAGUUCAUCUAGCUAAGCAACAGACAAGAAAUAAGAUGAAUGAUAUGAAAGCAGACAUCCAUAAAGAAGCUGCUAAGCUAGAAAUCCUGGAGAGAGAAAUUGUGAAAGAAACAUUCUUAAAACCUUUCAUUGAUCCUGAACAAUAUAACUCUCUUACUGCAAAUUCAAGGGCAGGCACUGCCAUUAUACCAGAAUGGCUAGGGAUUACAAUUAAUAUAAAAAAUAUGGAAGAUAAAAUAAAAAGAAAGAGGAAUCAUAGGCCACAAAAUCAAGGGGCUCAAUAUCUUAGACACCAUCAGGAUGAACUUGGCAUGGAAGAAAAUGAUGACUUGGAGAUUGAUGCUGAUCUUGUUGAAGUGGUCGCUGGUCAAGAUGAUGCAGAACAAUUGGAUGUUGAUGAGGAUGAAAGUGAUGAUGAUGGAGAUCCAUUUGACAAUUUGUUAGAUAACAUAGAAGAGGAUUUUUUUGAAAAAACCAAGUUCAUCAACAAAAAGUUAGAUGAAGCUGACAAAGAAGCUACCAGAAUCAAGUGUGAGAAUAUAGCCUUUAAUAUCAGUUGCUAUGGAGAGGAACAAAUGUCACAUAGACUUUCAGCACAAGAAAAGGAACACUGGAGGAACAUGAUACCAUUAAAGAGGCGUUACAGAACAAUUCUGCUGAAGAACCUUCAAAAUCCAGAGAAAAUGGAUGAAGCACAAGUGAGGCGAAUUAAAAAUGUCUGGAGAAUCCCACCGCAUGAUAGAUGGAGGCUUUACAGGUACUGGGUCAGUUUGUACUCAGGACAAAUUCAAGAGGCAAUCAAAGAUGUAACUCUUAAAUACGAGCAGUGCGCUAGGAGGUAUCAGGAGAUCUUGCAUCAAGAAGACAAAGCAAUUCUUGAGAAGGCCACAAUCAUUGGGAUGACAACCACUGGUGCUGCUAGGUACCAAGGUGUCUUGCGUGAAAUUGGGCCAAAGAUUGUUUUAGUUGAGGAAGCGGCCGAGGUAUUUGAGGGCCAUGUUCUGACCUCCCUCAGUGACCAGUGCCAGCAUGUUAUCCUUAUUGGUGACCACAAGCAGCUGCGGCCCAGCCCCUCUGUCUACAAACUUAAAGAGAAAUAUAAGUUUGAUAUUUCUUUGUUUGAGAGGCUCAUAAUGAAUAAUUUUCCUUAUGAAUGUCUCCAGUAUCAACACCGCAUGCGACCAGAAAUUUCAAAAUUAUUGCGCAUACCAGAUUUAUACCCUGAACUAAAAGAUCAUGAUCUUGUCAUGAGAUAUCCAAAUAUCAUCAAAGUAAAAGGAGACAUUUGCUUUAUUCAACAUUCAGUAAGUGAUGAGCAAGAAAAUGACACCAAAACAUUCAGUAAUGUUUUUGAAGCUGAGUUCCUCAUUGGCCUCUGUGAGUACCUCCUGCAGCAAGGAUAUACUUCCAGCCAGAUCACAAUCCUUUCUCCUUACUCCGGACAAAUCCACAAGAUCAAAUCUCUAAUUGAAACCAAGCCCAAGUCACAGAUCACUGCGAGCAAGAUCAAAGGGCUGAAGGUCUCAUCAGUGGACAACUACCAAGGGGAGGAAAAUGAUAUCAUUCUACUCUCCCUUGUCCGAAGUAACCCAGCUAAUGACAUUGGAUUUCUGAAAGCUAAUAAUAGAAUCUGUGUUGCUUUAUCUCGUGCAAAGAUGGGGCUGUAUGUCAUCGGAAAUUUUGAAGGGUUGAGUAAGAAGAGCUCUCUAAUACAAGAGAUCACAGAACUUUCAAAACGUCUUGGAUAUUUCAAUGACCAUCUGAUUCUGACCUGCACCCAGCACAAAGGAACAACAACGCGGAUAGAAAAACCUGAGGAUUUUAAAAAUGUGCCUGAGGGUGGCUGCAAGCAGCACUGUGCCACACGCCUGGACUGUGGACACAGCUGCAAGAGGACGUGCCAUGCUGAUGACAUGGAGCACAGGAAGUUGAAGUGCUCGGAAAGAUGUCGUCGUCAGUGUGCCAAGUGUCAGAAAAAUUGCAGAGGUGAUCAUAGAUGUGGGGAGCAUAAACACUGCACUUUACUAGUGCAGAAACGCAUCCCCAUAUGUGGCCAUAUUCAGAAUGUGCCGUGCUAUAUGGAGCCCCAUGAGUUUGAGUGCCAGAAUGAGUGUAUGGAGAUACUUCCAUGUGAACAUACAUGUACUGAUGUAUGUGGUAGACUGCACACUCACACAGCGGACACAUGCAAGUUUAGAACUGAGGUGACACCUAAGUAUUGUGGACAUGGUAAGUUCCGAAUUGAAUGCUGGAAGACAACAGAAGCCGAACAUUUUCUGUGUCCCAAGCCAUGUGGUGUUGAACUUGAGUGUGGGCAUCUGUGUAGUGGAACAUGUGGCAAGUGUCAAAAUGGGAGGCUACACAUCAACUGUCAACAGAAGUGUCAGAAGAUUUUAAUUUGUGGCCAUUAUUGUAGAGACACAUGUAGCAGUUGUCCUCCCUGCCUCCUACCCUGUGAGGUAGAAUGUCGUCACUCUAAGUGCCGCAGGAAGUGUGGGGAACUGUGCACCCCCUGCAUGGAGCAGUGUGACUCAGGAUGUGACCACGUUUACUGUGAUGACCUGUGCUGGGAGCCUUGUAAAACCACCCCAUGUGACCUCCCAUGUCGCCAGAGACUCCCAUGUGGUCACAACUGUUGUGGUUUGUGUGGAGAAAAGUGCCCUCAUCUUUGUGUUAUAUGUGAUAAAGAGGAUUUGAUAGCCCAGAGCGCGAGUGAAUAUGAAGGAGACCCUACAACUCUUUUCAUUGAGCUUGACUGCAGACACGUUCAAGAGGUGGAGUUUAUGGACAGAUGGAUGGAAACCUCUACUGCCACUUCAGAGGGUUCAGACCAGCAGGCUAUUGGUCUUAAGCUGUGUCCUGUUUGCAAUUCCGCCAUCCGAAAAGUUGAUCGCUACAAUAAACAUAUUAAGAAAAUGCUGUGCAGUAUUGAGAGAGUAAAGAAGAGAUGUAUAGGUGAGAAGCAAGAAGAGAUGAAGCGGCAUCUCGACCAGUCCCUCGCCAAUGUUAGAGGGGAAGAGAGAGCCAUUAUCACUGAGUUUCUUGAUAAAGGUAAUCAAGUUUUGUCAGAAACUAUUUUGGAAGCUCAGAUGAAUCAGAUCAACCUCUUCCGGCAGGUGUAUGCACUCUCUAGAGUUGUGAAAGAAUGCCAGGGCAGGCUGGAGAGAAAAGAAAGAGAUUUUGACAGAAUUUUGGUGGACCUAAAAUGUUUUCAGGAAUGGAUUCUCCAGAAACGUCAACUGUUUUCUGAGCAAAACAAGUUAGAUGCUGAAGACGAAAGAGAUCGUCUGAGUGUGUUGAUUGAUCUUCAUAAAAUUGAUCUAAAUGUAAUGAUCCGUGGCACACAAAAUAAUACUUUGGCACGUUCAAUGGAUUUGGUGAAAAAUUAUAUUGUUGAACUGUCCAAGUUUGGAAGAGCAAAGAAGCAAGUUCUGGCAGAGAGCAAGGUUCUGUGUGAGGAGCUGAUCAAACUUGUACCUGACACUCACCUGGCACUGACCCAUGAGCAGAGGAUGGAGAUCAUCCGCGCAGUCAAUGUCAGCAGGGGAGCCUGGUAUACUUGUCCCAAUGGUCACAUCUAUGCUAUUGGUGAAUGUGGUCAAGCCAUGGAGGAAUCCAAAUGUCCAGACUGUAAAGCUGUGAUUGGUGGAGCCAACCACAGGCUGCGUCAAGAUAAUACUUGGACGGGAGAAAUGGAUGACGCUGAGCAGCCUGUUUGGCAAAAUCUAAAUGCAGACAGAGAGUUGGCCAUGAGGAUAGAUCAACGACUCAACCAAGUGCGAUUUAUGUGAUUAAUUAGAUAGAAUGAUGACAAAAUUAUUUCAGGCCAUUCAAAUUUAACUGAACGUCAAUUAAUAUUUUUUUUAUUUCUAAAACUGCAGAAAUUGAUCAAUUUCAAUGUAAUUUUCAUCAUAAAAGUAUAGUUUGGAUUGAGUUCUAUCCAGCUUGAUUUUUAAUGCUAUUUUCCAAUAAUUUUUAAACCUUUGAUUUCUUUAACUACUAUUUAUCAUUAACAGAAACGUAUUUCUUCUAAAUGUGGUGUAUUAUAAUAAUAAAUGAAGGUCCUAUUAGAGUAAUUACCAAAUUCUUAAUUGAAACGGGGGUGGCUUGUCUGAAUAGGUCGUGAGGGUCAGGCCCCCAUUUUCUUUUAAGCUAGUCCAGGCAGGUGUUUGUUGUGUUUUAAAGCACUUUUUAUGGCGUUUUCUUUCAUUCAUUAUUAUAAAACCUUUCCUCAGUAAGAUGAAUUCUGAGAUGAAACUAUUUAAUGACUCUAUUAUAUCUAAUAUCUAUUUCGCCGAACUUUGUGUGAAUCACAUGACCAAAUGUCUGUUUACACUGCGUUAACAAAAUUUUCAACUAUAUUUAGUCCUGACUGGUGGGGGCAUAUUACUCAGGCCUUUAAAAAAAACAUUAUUUUACACAAUUAAUAUGAUUUUCUCAAAUGGGUACAUUUUAUCUAUUUAAAAUAUGUUUUAUUUUUCUCAAAUUAUUAUGUUUUAAAAAGAUUUAUUAUUUAUGUAAACACUAGCGUGUUCAUGGUGCAUUAACAUAAUUAAAAACACUGUGUACUUAUCAAAUGAUUAUUUACUUAUUAAUUACUAAUAAUUACUUACUAAUUUCUCCUACACAUAUCUUGUGAUACAGGCAUUACGGGCUCUAGCUUUUGCUCAAUAGCCAGACUGAAUGGACUCAAACAUUUCUCUCACCCAUGUUACCAUCCUCUAUACCCUUUUGCUUCCUCCCCCAGUGCAUCCCACUACAAAGUUUGAACAUUAGGGGCAGCUUGUAAUAGGCUACUGUCUGACUAAAUAUUAUUAAAAAUAAC